AGCCCAUUCGUUUGAAAGGCUUUUUGUGGAUAAUCAAUGUAAGGAGACAGAAACGAAAUUGUUUUCGCGGAUUCAGAUUUUUUAAGUCGUUCUCCGAUAUGUAAUUCGGAAUUACUCUUCAACGCCCAGUGGCACCCGUUCCCCGUGACAGUUCACAGCUGGCUUGCGAUUCCUAUGUUUGCUUUGGUUUCUUUGCUUUCGUUCCGAAAUUUAAUGUUUGUCCAACGUCGUCGUUUAGCUGGAAACUCUCCGCGCGUUUAGGUUCUGUUCGCUCUGUGAAAGGCCUGCUUAGGUGCAAAUAGUGUGCUCCCAUCAAGUAUGGACGAGGUGCCGAUCGAAAGGCAACGUUCGCUUCUGAGGCAAACCGUUGCACAGGAUCCGCUCGCAGCCGACCUGCGCCUGUCGCUGUUUGCUUCGGCGGCUCGAUCCUUUCGUUAUGAUUCCUGCCUGCAACCGUUUCCGCCGGAUUUCAUCGUGAACGGUGAGAAAAACAUUGAUCACCUGUAUAGCGUGCUCGAGACGAUUCCACCGGUAGCGGAACUUACUGCUAGCGCUCUCGAAACGCUCGACGACAAGGCGGUCAGAUUGCUCCAUUGGAUCCUGUGUCGUCAACCGCAUCCGUUGCUGCGGAUCGUACCAAAAUCGCAGCACGAAGAGAUUCUUGCCAAGUGCCCUUGCCAUGCCAAACACCAACCGCCCAGCCAGAUAUUCGAAGUGACACAUCGUGCCCACCAGUCGGCGGAGCGAUCGUUUCGCGAGAAUGCGGUCCACUUCCGCACGCGCCACGCUUACCACGGCAGCCGGCUGUUCAACUUCCACUCCAUUCUGCAAUACGGUCUUCAGCAACACCUGAACAAGGUGUCUAUGUUUGGGGAGGGCAUCUACUUGUCGGCCGAGUUGCACGUGAGCCAAAUGUUUGCCACCAACGGAUCCGGCUGGAACCGGUCUACACUCGGGACGCACCUAGCCUGUGUGGCGCUCUGCGAGUACGUGGACAAUCCUAACUACGUGGUUAGCCAGGAGGAGACUCCGGCCAUCGAUGAGAGCACCAUACCGUCGCCGGCGUCGGCGGGCGUUUCGGCUACCCUGACCGGUAACGGUAGCUUACCAGAGCGAUACAUCCUCAUCAAAAACAAUGAAAUGGUACAGGUUCGCUAUCUGUUCCUGUACGGGACCAGCAAAGAAGCAAAGACUGACCCCAACAGAGAGCAACGCGCCGCAACCCACGGUCCAGUGCUUUUUCCCCUCCAACCGGCAUUCUUGCAGCGCCCACCAAGCCGUUUUGUGCAGUGGGUCGCCGACAACAAGGGAAUCGUGCUGAUCGGUGGGUACGUGGGUCUGCUGUUGAUUGUCGGGUUCAUCAACAGCCGAAACGCGCACUACGUCAAGGAGAUGUUCCUGCAGAAACUCAACCACGUCUACAAUGCUGUGCUGAGCUUUCGUCCUGACGGCGAGUAGUAGCGGCAACCGGCUAGGUUAGGCUUUUGUUGGGCACCACCUUUGUCUGUGUUAGAGUUUUUGUUUAGAUUUCUACUAAGUGUACGGGGAAUUGAAAAAUGUAAUUAUCUUAUAUGCGAGGGGGCAAGUGAUAAACGUUAUCGGCAAACGGGAAAGCUCAUGUAUCUGGAAUUGUCCGCAGUGAAAUAAACCAAACCAUUA